AUGCAAAAGGCAGUGACCAAUCUGGUGAAUGAGCUCAAUGAGAAAUCAAAGUCGAUGAGAAGAGGUGAGAACAAAAAAAUGGCCAAAACUGAAGCAGGUCUUGCAAGGGCGAGAGCCUUGAUUAAAGACGCGAUUAUUAAAAGUCGCACUUCACAAAUAGCACUUGAUGACAAGGAUGAUCAUGAUUAUAUCCCCCGAGGAGAAAUAUACAGGAAUGCCUAUGUAUUUCAAAGGAGUUAUAUGUUAAUGGAGAGCAUGUUCAAGAUAUAUGUCUACGAAGAAGGCGACCCACCUUUGUUUCACAAUGGCCCUUCAAAGGACAUAUAUUCGACGGAAGGGAUUCUUCUUGGGUUCAUUGAGUCGAACAGCAAAUUCAGAACCUAUGAUCCUGACGAGGCCCAUCUCUAUUUCCUGCCAUUUAGUGUGGUCAUGAUCCUCCAGAACCUGUUUGACCCGGUCGAGCGCGACAAGGCCGUGCUCGAACGUGUCGUGGGCGAUUAUGUUCGCACGGUGUCCGCCAAGUACUCGUACUGGAAUAGAAGCCUCGGGGCCGAUCAUUUCAUGCUCUCGUGCCAUGAUUGGGGGCCUCGAGCGACUUGGUACGUGCACCACUUAUACUUCACCUCAAUCCGAGUACUAUGCAACGCCAACACCUCCGAGUUUUUCAACCCUAGAAAAGACGUAUCGUUACCUGAGAUCAACCUUCCAGCCGGAGAAAUAAUCGGAUUAACAUCGCCGACAUCACCCAACCGAACGACCCUAGCAUUCUUCGCCGGCCAACUGCACGGCCGCAUCAGAUCAUUGCUCCUCCAACACUGGAAAGACAAAGACGACGACAUCAAGGUGUUCGAAAAGAUGCCGCUGAGCCCUAGCAAUAACAAUAGUAACUCGUACAAAGAGAUGAUGGAGAGUAGCAAGUUUUGCCUGUGCCCAAGUGGGUACGAGGUGGCGAGCCCGAGAAUUCCAGAGGCCAUAUAUGCGGGGUGCGUGCCUGUCCUUAUAUCCGAGAACUACGUUUUGCCCUUUAGCGACGUGCUGGAUUGGGACCGGUUUUCAGUUAGGGUUCCAGUGGACAAGCUGCCAAAUUUGAAAAGGAUCCUAAUGGGGAUAGGGGAAGAUGAGUACGAGGCUUUGCAUCAUGGGGUGAAGCAAGUGCAACGACAUUUCUUGGUGAAUGAUCCACCUAAGAGAUAUGAUGUGUUCCAUAUGAUGCUUCACUCACUAUGGUUGAGAAGGUUGAAUCUUAGGAUAAAUGCUUGA